AGAUGGUUUCGUAUAAAAGGCGCUUCUCCUCCUGGCCGCGAAUCAAACCCUGCGCUCCUGUAAGUUUUAUGUGUCAGUCCUACUACAGCCGCUUUUGAUAUUCUCUUCACGAGCGAAUAUAUUAAUUUGGCAUUUGGAAUAGAGGUUUGAUAUAUUGGGAAGCCUGCUGAGAUACAAUGAAGACAUGGAUGCUGGGGUGGACUCUGAUGUUCCUGCUGCUGCAGCAUGCCCAGCCGACUCAGGUGGAAAACCGUGCAGGCUGUAGCACGGCAGCCAUGGACCUGGUCUACAUCCUCGACGGCUCUUCCAGCGUGGGUGUUUCCGAUUUCGACACGGCCAAGAGGUGGCUCAUCAACGUCACCAGCAGCUUCCUGGUGGGCCCCCAGUACACACGGGUGGCGGUGGUCCAGUACAGCGAUACGCCACGGCUAGAGGUCCCGCUGGGUUUGCACCAGAGCGCUCACGACCUCAUCCGGGCCAUCGGCGCCAUCAGCUACCUGGGCGGCAACACUCAGACGGGACGUGCCCUCAGGUUUGCCAGCGAGCACGUCUUCCCCCCGGCCUCCAGCGCCUGGUCGCCCAGGCCGGCCCGGCAUCGCAUCGCCGUGGUGGUGACAGACGGCAAGUCGCAGGAUGACGUGGUGGACGCCGCCCUGGAAGCCCGAGCCCAGAACAUUGUGCUGUUCGCCGUGGGAGUGGGCAGCGAGGUGGCCAGCUCCGAGCUGGUCUCCUUUGCCAGCAGGCCCUCGUCCGCGUACGUGCUGUACGCCAAGGACUACACCACCAUUGGGUACAUCCUGGGCGCCAUGCAGCAGAAGCUGUGUGAGGAGUCUGUUUGUCCAGCACAAAUCCCUGUGGGUUUGAAGCACGAGAAGGGAUUCGAGCUGAUAUCGGGAAUGAGGAUUGAGCGGAAGGCCGUGAAGGUGCCGGGCUCUCUGCAGUCGGAGGGGGCCUACAUGCUGAGCCACACAGUGGACAUCACCGAGAGCACUAGGGGGGUCUUCCCCGAGGGCCUGCCCCCGGCCUACGUGUUCGUGGCCACACUGAGGCUGAAGGAGCCCACCGACCGGGAAGCGUUCGACCUGUGGAGGAUCCUGUCCAGGGAUGGCGCCGUGCAGGUCGCCGUGACGCUCGACGGCAAAGGCGGAUCCAUCGCGUUCAGCACCACCAGCACCAACAGCCAGCUGCAAUCGGCUCGCUUCGGCGAGGGGGCCGUUAAGAGGCUGUUCGAUGGCGACUGGCACCACCUGAAGCUGCAGGUUCAGCCCCGCGGCGUCGCCUGCUUCCUGGACAACGUGCUGGUGGCAGAGAGGCUUCUGGACCAGGUCAUGCCCAUCUACAUCAACGGCCGGACGCAGGUCGCCAAGGCAACCAGGACAGGAGUCAGCGUCCCGAUCGAGGUGCAGAAGCUCAGGCUGUAUUGUGACCCACAGCAGGCGGAGAGAGAGACAGCAUGUGAGAUCAUCUCUGUGGUGAGUCUGCUGCUCACCUGUCUGCCUGUCUGUCUGCCUGCCCGCAUUCUCUGCAUCUUUCUCUGCACAGGUGGACAGCAGGGUGAGUUGCUGAUCCUUGCAGCUGUGUGUGUGCCACGCGUGCCUGCCAGUCUGUGCCAGUCAGCGGGUAUUGUGUCUCACCCUGUGCAGUGCCCUGCAGACCGAGCCCCCAGUGUGGAGCACUGUCGCUGCCCCCGUGGGUAUCCAGGCCCACCUGGCCCUCCGGGGCCCAUGGGUCUCCAUGGACUGAAGGGCCGUGAAGGCCCCCCCGGCCCUGACGGUAAGCCUGGGAAGCCGGGCCAGCCAGGAGUUCCUGGAGAAGCAGGUCCGGCUGGGAACGAGGGUGAACCGGGAUCGCCAGGCCCAACGGGAUAUGCUGGACCACCAGGACUCAAGGGUGAUCGAGGACUGCAGGGGCCCCCAGGGAGGACCGGGCCCCCAGGGAGGACCGGGCCCCCAGGACCCGUGAUUAAAGGCCCAGCUGUGACGCGGUUAAACUUAGCCGCCGUGGCACAUCACUGGAAAAAGGUAUCGGGAAGCUCAGGGGAGAUCGGCCGGCCCGGACCAAUCGGCAUGCCGGGCGCAGAGGGCCAGAAGGGUGAGAAAGGUGAUCCUGGAUUCCCUGGCUCUGAAGGUCCCCGGGGCGACCCGGGGCUGCAGGGCCUCCCUGGUGACAUGGGACCUGUUGGGCCUCAGGGAGAAAAGGGGAUUCCUGGAUUCGCCGGAAUGCCAGGACCAAAGGGACCGGCGGGCCUUCCUGGUUCCACCGGCCCUCCUGGGACUGAUGGCCUCAAAGGCUCCAAGGGGAAUCCGGGGGAGCGCGGAGUACAGGGUUCUCAGGGAUUUCUCGGACCCAAGGGUGAGCCCGGUGAGCCUGGGGUUCAGGGGUCACCAGGAAUCAUGGGAAUGCCAGGAUUUAAAGGGCACAAGGGUGAAGUGGGUGAACCGGGACCAAAAGGGAGUCAGGGUGAGCGAGGGGGUGACGGACCACCUGGGAGCUCAGGAACACCCGGUGAUGCUGGUCCCAGAGGGAUUAAAGGCGAGAAAGGAAUGACAGGAGACUCUGGAUUCCGGGGUCCAGAGGGGAGAAAGGGAGACACGGGACCUGCAGGCGCCACUGGACCACGUGGGUCUCCUGGCCAGGAUGGCUCACCAGGACAACCGGGUGCUCCUGGGUAUCCAGGGAAACCUGGAAAGCCACCCUCGGACGAGCACCUGAUGAAGCUCUGCAGAAAUGUCCUACACAAUGAGUUGCCUCAGCUUUUGCUAACAAUGACUCCUCCGAGCUGCCAGACCUGUGUGGGAAAACAAGGCCCCCCGGGCGAGCCGGGGCCCCCAGGGCCUAAGGGCACAAGUGGCCCCCCGGGUUACCCGGGAAGCGCUGGCUCUCAGGGCUUCCCUGGCCCCCCCGGUGUACAAGGACCCCAAGGAAUCAAAGGUGAUGUCGGGCCAGUGGGACCAAAAGGACCCAAAGGGGAUGGAGAAGAGGGACUGCCAGGUUCUCCUGGCCUUGUGGGACCUCCAGGGCUGCCGGGCAAUGAUGGGGAGGGUUUGCCUGGACCCCCAGGUUUCCCUGGACAGGCUGGUGUUUCUGGAAUCCCAGGGGAGCGAGGCCCGCCCGGCCCAGCCGGCUCCUGUGAUGUCGCACUCUGCUACCAAGCCUACGGCCUGAGAAACGAGCAUUUCAGCAAGGGGCCUGGUCCCUAACACCACCGCAGCGUCUUGGAGGGCCUUCAGACCUACAGCAGAAGAACAGCUCCUCCGGAUGAGAUGUGUUUGAGGACAACGUUUGAGGAAAUGGAGCAUUUUAGUGAUAAGAACAUAAAGUGGCAUGUCACCUCCGAUCAGAUGCGCAUCACCUUAGCAAAGCUACUUCUAUGCUGGAUGCCGGACACAAGACAUUCAGAUGUGUGUAGAUCAACAAAACCUCACUUAUUUUAAUGGCUUACAUUUAAUAGAAAUAUGUUUUUCUUUUUUAAAGUCUACUGACCUAAACCGAGUACCUAUACAUGCCAUCCCAGAAGAUCAAAUACAUGGGUUUUAGCAAUAUUAUUUGUAGUGUAUGUACAUUAUCCACUAUUUAUGAAAUUAAUGUAUUUAUUAGAUAUUUCAGUUAAUGUUACAUUUAAGUUUUCCACUCCCUCAAGUGCCGAGUGUCCUGAACCUGUCAGAUCACAACCCCUGCCAUUUAGUUCACAUAUGCGGCACUGAACUUUUCUAGAAGUAAAUAGUAUUGUUUAAUUGUCUAUGUUUUUUUUUAUCACAUUUUAAAGCAUACCGGGAAUAGAUGAGGUUUCCAUAAUCUUACCUCAUGAUGGUGUGGUAAGGUGUGUGCUUUGAAUACUGUGGCUCGCUUUAGGAUGCUGGGCUCGCUAUGGGACGCUGUGGUGGGCUCACUUUGGGAUGCUGCGGUGGGCGCGCUUUGGGAUGCUGCGGCGGGCUCGCUUUGGGAUGCUGCGGCGGACUCGCUUUGGGAUGCUGCGGCGGGCUCGCUUUGGGAUGCUGCGGCGGGCUCGCUGUGGGAUGCUGCGGCGGGCUCACUGUGGGAUGCUGC